AUGAGUAACAACCAAUGCCAGCACUCGUGUCCUCCCGUCAAGGUACAGGGACGGUUUGACAAAAAGUAUCAACGCGUCGUGUCGUUGCUAGAAGAAUCUCUCACGGUCGGAUGGGACAUUGGGGCAUCAGUCCAUGUACAAGUGGAUGGUCAGCCUGUGGUCGACAUUGUCGGUGGAUUUGUGGACCCGAAACGCCAAAAGCCAUUGCAGCCCUACCAUGUCAACCUCAUCAUGAGCAAUGGCAAGGUCUUGGAAUCCAUGGGGGUGGUGCUCUUGGUGGAUCGUGGUCUGGUAGAAUUGCAGGCUCCCAUUGCCCGGUACUGGCCCGAAUUUUUAUGGCGCGACAUUACGCUCCAAGAUUUACUCUCCCAUCGAUCGGGGUCAGCCAGUGUCUGGGCACGGCAACCAACACUCCAAGAAUUUCAAGAUCGACAAGCGUUGGAGCACUUUUUGGCCACCACACCAAUGGUGUACCCUCGUGGAUCUGUUCAGUAUCGAGGUUGGGCAUCGUCACUCUAUUUGGAUGCGGUCUGUCGCAGAGUUGAUCCCAAAGGAAGAAGUCUCUACGAACUGGUCCAAGAGGACAUCUUUGAGCCAUUGGGUGAACCCUUGGUAUGUCCACCACUCAAAAAAGUUGGAAUCCAAUCCGAUGUUACCACACCCGUUUACGGUGCACAGCUUCCUGCCCUUGUGUUGGGGUUGCUGCCACAAGCGAUUCUGCCACGUAUUGGCAAUUUAAUGAAUCCGCGCAUGACGUUGGGACCCGAUUAUGUGCGCUUGACGCGGGCCGUUUUGUGGGGAACAACAACCUCACCUAGAACUCAUCCAUCUACCCAACCUACGAUACCUUCACUACCAAUGCUGCCAUCUGACUUUAACAAUCAAGAGGGAUUCCUGUCAUAUACCAUGCUUUCGUCCAAUUGCAUGAGCAAUGCACGGGGUCUAGUAAGAGCCUAUGCUUCCUUCUUUGACGAAAGUACCAGCCGUGACAGAGACAAUAACAGCACAACCACCGCCACAAAGAAAGGCAUCGUAUCUGCAGCAACUAGAGAAGCAUUCUUGAAGCCCCUGGAACCAGCGUUUGACGAGUUCCUGAUGAGAGAAUUGCAUUAUACUGCAGCGGGGCUGGGAUUGAACAUACUCGGAAGCAUGCCGCACAAUACGCACUGUACUGGUUGGUACGGGAUUGGAUGGUCUACACUCCAGCACUGCUCUGUUUCGGGAGGGAACAACACACGCAAUCAUACAGUGACCUACGCGUUCAUUUCCAAUGUAUUCUUCCCCGUGCCAUACUUAGCUCGAAACCUGCUAGCGGCAGCUGUGGGUGCCAUUGUGACUGAAGCAGAAAACGCAUGA